GCUGUACCAAGCCACACGGUAUAGGUUCAGUAUAUUUAGUCCGUUUGGUUCGUUCUUUGGGGUCCCGAUGAAUGUUUGCGCGGAAGAAGUUACUUUCCACAAAAUUAUCAACAAACUUAAGAUAUCUGAUGAUCCACUAUCUCUGCUAAAGAAGCUUAGUGGCAAUGGAUUAAAUAUUGCGGCACUCAGCCACCAUUCGGAGUUUUCUUCAAUGAUAAUCGAAGUUGUUUGCAAUCACUUCGGAAUGGGACUUAAAAUAAUGAUGGAUGCAGGAGUCGACCUUGCUUGUCAGCACCCCGAUACGGGCGACUCACCACUUUUGGCAGUGUGCGCGGAGGGCCUCUGUGGUCCCAUACGUCAACUGAUCUCCCACCUCCCCCCGAUUACGUUGCUCAACGCAAAUCAUUCGGCAACCACCCCUCUGAAACUGCUAUUGGCUCGCGCGCACACCGAGUGUGGAUGCCUUCAGCUAUUGCUAAAUCGCUUACCUCUCACAGCGCUUUUAUUGCCAAAAUGCCUGGUUGCUGCCAAAGACAUUUGUGCAGCAUCUCCUAUACCGGUGGACCCCUUUGAAUCUGCUGUGCUACAACGUGAAAACUCAAGACAUUGUCAGUACAGUAACUUCAACACCGCAAUCAUGCCGCUGGCUGUGCUGCUAGAACGCAUCCGAUCGACAGAUCCCCGACGCAUUCUAGGAGUUGUGGAAUUGUGGAUGAAGUCCAAUUUGUUGUUGCUACUAGUUCCCAACUCCUCGCCGCAACAAGAGAGCAACUUGGCAGCGAUUUGGGCACGGUUAAUCGAACCGCGGGUGAAGGAAUGGGACAUCGACUCCAACGAGAAGGAUCAAAUUUGUAAAAGGACAUUUGAAGCGCUGAAGCAUUUAAUCAUUUUGGAUCAACUUGAUGGCAGAACCGUGUGGCAGAAGUUAAGCGAUCGCGCCGAUGAAGCACUCGGGACAGAAGAGAGCGAUCUGAGCAAGAGGUUCAUAAGUGCCCAACGCGCCACAGGAUUUCCGCUUUCCCUUCAAUCGCUCGUGGUGCGCGCGCUGCGCGUGUGGUUUCAACGACGUUUUGUGAAUCACUGCCUUGAUACCGAAUCACUGACAGACGCGUACGGCGCGUUAGUAUUUGCAGAUUGGACAUGUCAGUUACCGGUGCCAUCUCUGGUGAAGGACAUUAUACUACUCGAUACGGUACGCUUCGAGGUGCACGCGUGAGAGUACAAAACAGAUGCAACCGAGAACUCCGAAUCAUGGUGAAUAGUUGUCCAAGCGAGUUUAUGAAAUUAGAACACAGAUGAAACUCAUUUAUAUUUUAUGUACAAAACGCAAAAACAUUUUGAUGGUAU